AUGUUGAAAAUAAUAUUAAGUGGUUUAUUCUUACUAGUUUGUGCUAUCAACCCUACAUUGUCUAUUUACUGCUUCUGGAAUACAGGAUGUCCUUACAAGUUUUUGUCAACUGAAACAUCCUACGAUUCUGUUAGAGGAGACAUGAGGGAUUCAGCUGUAAACCUAAAGGGUUGCGAACCAAUCAGUAUGUGGGGGAUAUACAGACACGGCAAACGAAAACCUAGCAUAGCAACCAGUACCCAAAUGAAAGACGCCUUGCAAAUUCAAAACCUUAUUUCGGAAAGCUACAAAAAACACCACUCCUCCAUAUGUGCUCAGGAUGUAGAAAAUUUACUCAAUUGGAACAUGGAUAACAAGUUUCUGGAUGGUAAGCAGGAUUUGACGGAGGAAGGGAUGAGGGAAAUGGUAGGCCUCGGUAAUCGGUUGAAAGAGGCUUUUCCAUUACUUAGUGACGUCAGGGACGGUGAUUACACUUUCCGUCCCGCAAAGGGUCCCUGGAUAGAGGAGAGUAUUAAAUAUUUCGUGAAGGGCCUAGGGAAAAAUAUAAAAAUAGAUGGCGCGAGGCAUGACUCAGAUGUUAUGGCGCCAAACUGUGAAAAACGAAAUGAGAAGUACGAUGAUUCUGAGGUCAAUAAGUUUAUGGGCUCUUCCGAUUAUUUAAAGGUAAAAGAUAGAAUCCAAAGACGGACGGGCUUAGAAUUCAAUUUGUCAGACGCGAACGUGUCAGCCCUAUAUGAUUUGUGUCGCUACACCUGGACCAAUAAAGCUAGCCCCUGGUGUGCACUCUUCACUACCGAAGAUCUUCAAGUCCUAGAAUAUAUAGAGGAUUUAAAACUCUACUAUACGAAUGGAUAUGGUCUUAAAUCGAAUGAAAAAGUUGGAAGGAUUCCUCUUGCUGAUUUAUAUAACGCAUUCAUGCAAGCUAAAGAAGGGAAAGAUGUCACCAACGAUGCUACUAUUGAUCAGAUUUUUACAGCACUAGGACUCUUCAAGGACGCUUCGCCGUUGACGGCCGCUGCUAGAAGUCGUGAUAGGAAAUGGAGAACCAGCUAUAUUUCAGUGUUUUCAGCUAAUCUUGUAGCUGUUUUGAAUAGAUGUAACAAAGGCCCCAAGGAGGAAUACAACGUGGUAUUUUAUUUCAACGAAGAACCUAUUGCAACCAUCUGCGAAGAGGGAGUAUGCUCGUGGCAAGAAUUUGAAAACAAAUUAGGUUCUUUCACAACUAAUUUAACUGAAGCAUGUGCCGUGUGA